GAACAGUUUGAGCUGAGGCUGCUUGGAGUGAGGACGGGCGUCGUCAUCGAAAGAUAAUUCAGAACCGCUGCAUCUAGUAUAGGAAGCCAGACAACAACAGUAUUUGUUUAUAUUUCCACAUAGACCGCAUAUAAAUAAAUUAUGAAAUCAGAGGCGUUGCACAAGUUUCUGGCUUUCUGUCCGCUGCUGAUAGUCUGCGCGUGGAGCCACCCAUUAAAUCCAACUCAACAACAACCAACUUAUCAGCAAACGCUCGGAGUUCAACAUCCCGUUAUCUUGAUUAAGCAUAAUAUAAAUGCGGACGAUGCCAAGAACUACCAUAUAGCAGUACCCCAGGACCCCAAAGAGGGGGAGCCUUGCCUCACGAUCACUUGGAAGACCAAUCCGGAUGGCAGUGGUCCCGCUCAACCGGAUAUCUUCAUGGGAAAUGGUUACUUUGGACUAAUUCCACAGGUGGCACUGAGACCGCAAGGGCAUUAAACCAAUCCCAAAUUUGUAUUUAUUUAUUGACAUUUCGUGAAGAAGAAUGAAAUGCUAAACGAUUCUUAAAGUAAGUUUCGAAAUACCAAAAACGGAAUAAAUACCUGCCUUUCCAAUCCAAUUAAUAUUUGUAAAGUGCAUAGACUUACAUUAAAAACUGUGAAGAAACCUUUAAAAA